ACGUGCUACAAGUCAGCAACGUUGAAUCACUCGCAUAAUAAGUGGUUGCAUUAACAGCUGGAAAUUCAGUUUUAAAAUUUCGUAUCGAACAAAUUAUUCUUAUCGUUAUAAGCUACAUAAGAUACGUAAAUCUAGAAAUGUCAUCUCCAUUAGAUGAAACGACAAAGCUCUUAGCUGGUCUGUCACUUGGCGGUAGCUGUAUGAAAACGCUCGAGUCAUUGCGAAUCCUUUUGGCGUCUGUCUCUCUUAGCGAGCUUAAGGAUUACGCGCCAAAAAUUGAUAUUGAUAGGAUCUACAAGUGCCUUGCUACAUCAAACAAAGAUCAAAUUGAUUUAACAUGUGAAAUACUCAAGCGUAUUCUGGGUGCCAUUCCCAUAGGGCAUGCCAUGGUUCGGUAUGAAGAUCUGUUUUUACAAGGACUUGCACAUUCUGAAAGUCAAGUAAAAGAAUUGAUAUUCCAAGAGCUCCAAAUGGCAGCUGAUGAUCCCACAACUUGCGAACAACUUGCGACCAAAUUGGAAAUUUUGCUUUCUUGCCUGCAACUGAUAGGCAGUACAGAUGAAUCCAUUGCAAGUAAAGCCAGUAGAGUUUUUAUGUCUAUUGCACGUCAAGGCGAUACAGCCAAUGUGUUGGUGUCGCCUCCAAUUGUUGAAGAGAUGCGUACGGUGAGCCGCAAAAGUGACAUUGUCCGCUAUAGAAUUUAUGACAUUGUCGUUACCUACUGCUGUACUUCCGAGGAAAAACUAACUUUUUGCGAAGAACAUAAGCUGAUCCAAACCCUGCUGGAAGAAGUAUCAACAGAUGAUAUUCUUGUCCAAUUGAAUGCAUUGGAACUUAUUACUACGUUAGCUUCUUGCCAACAUGGGCGGAAUUAUCUUGAGCGACAAGGGAUAACCCAGAAGCUAGCUACCAGGCUAGAUGAAGCCACAGCGGAUCCCCUUGCGUCGCUUCUUGUUCCCGGUUUAAUGAAGUAUUUUGGUGCGCUCGCUCAUUUCCAGCCAGAAGUUUUAUCGAGAUACUCGAACUUCACGAACACGAUGUUCAACUUGAUAGACGAUGCCGAUAUUUCUUUAAAAAUGAUUUCGAUUGAAACAAUUUCCUUCAUUGCCAUGGAGCGUGAUGGCAAGUUGGCCCUGAAUCAACAAGGUUCCAAAAUGGAUGAUGCAAUCAAGACGAUGGGAUCGCUAUUCACUCACGCCUUUAAUGAAGUUCGUCUAAAGGCACUCAAUUCGUUUGCGGAGUUGACACACGUACCCCCAACAGAAACGAUCGAUGAAGAGGUACGAAAAAUCAUCGAGCAUUGGUUUUUCAUGCUUAACCCCAAGCCGAUUCAGUUCAUAAUGAAUGUGACAAAACAGCCAUUUAGAGAUCUGAGGUUUUCUGCACUCAACAUUCUUCUACAACUUGUCCCCCACAUGUGGGCACAGAAACUAAUGAGUCAAGAACCAGGGUUUUUAGAGUUUUUGCUCGAUCGUCGAGGUGAGCCAGACAAAGAAUGUCUUGAGAUGAAAUUCAACAUUGUGAAAAGAUUGAGCGAAACGCUUAACCCCGAAUGUAAGAUAUGGAGCGAGUAUUGUAUGGCGCAAAUGCGCGAUCACGUACGCGAAGGAUUAUGGUUUGCUCGUGCCCAAUCCACUGUUGCUCUUGAGAGCGGACCGUAAAAAUGAACUUUUCCAACAUUGGUUACCACGUGUGAUAAUUCAAGCAAUCGUAGGAAGAAAGUUACUGGUCGUGUUGGCGGGUGGAUAUUGUUGUUAAGAACAAAGUCAACAAAAGCUUUUUCCAACAGGGCAUAACGAUGGUGCAGAUUGGUCG